UGCAGUCUCGCGCGUUCUCUAACGGCAAUUCCCCUUUAAUUAAAAUCCUCCGUGUCUAUGGCUUCCUUCUUUUCUUUCGCUUUACUCUUCGGCAGCCGGCCCUUCUCCGCUCUUCUCUUCACUACACUAAAGCAAUCAGUACAAGAUGAGCAGCUCUGAUUUGAAUCCUUCCAACGACCUCUCGGUUUCUGAUUACCCAUCACCAGGACAUCUUCAACUUGACCCGUGCAUGAUCAGCAGCCCUGACAUUGAUCCGUACAGCGACAACAACUAUGUUUGUGCUUUGUCUGUAAAUAAGUUUGCACAGUCACUUCGAGCACAUGGACCGCCUGAUGAAAACCAGGAGAACUUGUUGAUCCCGAUGCCAAGUGAAGGCAACAUGAGAGACUGCCAUGGAGCGAUGUUGUUGUCCGAUGACAACCAGCUGAACUCAUUCGGGUCGAUGCCAAGUGGAAGCAACAAAAGAGACCAACAUGGAGUGUGUGGGCAACAAUUGUUGCCAAAUGACAACCAGGUGAACUCACUGAGCUCGAUGCCGAGUGGGAGCAAGAAAAGAGGCCGGGAAUUAGUUUCUGAUGACUCAUCAAAAGCUAAAGGAAAAGGCAAAAUGAAACAGUCCCGGCGUAGAAGAACCAUUGUUAACGGUGAAUCAGCACCGACCAGUAAAGCAGUGCGAGUGAGUUAUGAAGAGCAUAUCAAGGAGAAAUCUGUGGGGGGAAGUGCGAAAAUUUUGACAGAUCGAGUCUCCAAAAGGACGGAGAGCGUAAAUUCUCUUACCUGA